AUGUCAUCCACUAUAACAUAUAUGCCUUUGUUGGUUCUACUUCCGGUUAUAGUUUUCACCUUGGUUCAGGCCCCAUUUGUUGGUGCGAAUUCGAACUUGUUUAGAGAAUACAUUGGGGCAGAGUUCAACAAUGUUAAAUUUUCCGACCUGCCAAUCGAUUCCGGCACCCAGUUUCAUUUCAUUCUUGCCUUUGCUAUCGAUUACACCCCGUCAGGAAGCAUUCCUACAAAUGGAAAGUUCAACAUUUUCUGGGAUAAUGACAAUCUGAGCCCCAGCGCCGUGCAAGCCAUCAAAGCCCAACACAAGAAUGUCAAAGUUGCUCUCAGCUUAGGCGGGGACAGCGUUGAAAGUGGCAACGUCCAGUUCAUGCCAUCAUCUGUGUCGUCGUGGGUGAGCAACGCCGUUUCUUCGCUCACAAGCUUAAUCAAGGAAUACCAUCUUGACGGCAUCGACAUCGACUAUGAGCAUUUCGACUUUACCAAUCCCAAUACAUUUGCUGAGUGCAUUGGGCAGCUCAUAACACAGUUAAAGCGGAACAAAGUAAUCUCCUUUGCCUCCAUCGCUCCCUAUGACGACGGUCCAAUCCAAUCCCAUUACACAGCACUCUGGAAAAGCUAUGGCAAUUUGAUUGACUUUGUGAAUUUCCAAUUCUAUGCCUACGACUCGAGCACCACCGUCUCACAGUUCAUCAAACAUUUCAACGAUCAGGAGUCCCGCUAUAGUGGCGGAAAAGUGUUGGCUAGUUUCAUGACGGAGGGCAGUGGAGGGCUGUCACCUGCAAAAGGCUUCUUUACCGCAUGCCGAAUGCUCAGGAACUCCGGCAAGCUCAACGGCAUCUUUGUGUGGUCUGCAGACUCCUCACAGUCUAAUAACUUCCAAUUCGAGAAACAAUCCCAGGCUGUCCUGCUAGGCUCCUGA